CGGAAGCGCUUUCGGUUGUGCUUGGAGGAAAGGCAAAAUGGAACAGAAUAUGAAUGAGGACAACUCAGUCAAAACAUCUAAAACGAAGUUAGCCAACAGUCCAGUUUGUGUGGGCAGAGAAGAUGAACUUAAAAAACUGCAAAAAAUGACAGCUACUGUUCAUGACAGAGAAGUUGUUGUUUUCUACCAUGAUGAAAGGUUUUAUGCUCUGGACUGCCGCUGUUACCAUGCAGGAGGUCCUUUACAUCAUGGGGAAAUAGAGGACAUCAACGGACAGCCGUGCAUUAUUUGCCCAUGGCACAAAUAUAAAAUAACUCUGGCCACUGGUGAAGGAAUGUAUCAAGCAAUUAACCCCAGAGAACCAUCUUUAUCACCAAAAUGGCAAUCAAAAGGGGUAAAACAAAGGACUCAUAGAGUUACUGUGGACAAUGGAAAUGUUUAUGUGACUCUUUCAGAUUUAGCUGAGAGUAUAGAUUCUGAUUACUAUGCUGAGAAGAACUACAAAAAGAUGAUAGAUUAUCCUAAGAAAAAAUAACAUCUUUUGUGCUUCACAGAGCUCCAUAAGACUAGCUUUUUAUUGCAUGCUUAUUACUGGGCACUCACAGAUUUUCAUGGGUCCCUCUCACGAUGACAUCUGC